AUGUCUCCACCGAAGCCGGCAUCUCCUAGGAUGCUCUCGGUGAUAGGUGUCGGCAGCAUGGAGUCUGAUGGACCAAGUUCAAGACCAACAACAACCGUCGCCACUUCUCCAGCCCCAAGUUUCUUACCUUACGUGAGUAUCCACGACCACGCAACAUGUUGGAACAAGUUCAAGGCUUGUGAUUUUCCCCCUCCCCUCAUGGAGUUCUUCCCCGCAAUCCCGUCCAAGAUAGAGUUCAGCCCGCAUCAACCCAGCACCGCGAAACCACCUCACCUUACCUUAAGGCUUGUGCUUGGUAUUCGAACCACAGCAGCAACAGGCACGGUCGUUGCUCUACUAUAUGACUGCCCUAUCUACUCUAGCCCAUCUCUGAGGACCAUCCUCCGUGGCGGGAUACUACAUCAUCCUAGUCGAGCCCGUGAUCGAGUAUCUCGCACUGCAUCGCAUUGCAUCGCAUCGUCCGCUUCCGCCUGCGUCUCUCAGUCAUUAAUCCGUUCAUUCGCCAGAAAGGAAAGACAUUCCGCAACUGGGCAGGCCAAUAUCCGAACCAGCACCAAGGCACGCCGCACCAUGACAUGCUGCCUUUUUUGUGAAGAGUUGGCUCGACGGAUACCUACCCCACACUGCGAAACGCUCGACGGCGAGAAGGCCGACCUCUCUCCUCCGUUUCCGCCGCUCAGGAUUCGCCCAUUCCAGCCUGUCAAGCACUGUGAGCGUGUGCUUCCGAACCUGCCACAGCGGUCGCUCGAGCCGCUGAUCCGCAAAGACCCUGAAGGCCUUUUGGCCUUUGCUGAGUCGCGAGACGAGGUGCAAAUCCCCUUCCCCCCCGCCUCAGAUGGGGGGAAGAUGUACCGGUACUUGGCACAUGGAGGCCCUCAGUUACUGCUUUUGGCGACGUUUACCGCGAGGCUUUACGCCUGA